AUGGCAGCAGCUGGUAGCCACCGUCAACUAGAUUUUACUGAAAAAGAUGUCAGGAAUUACAUCACAAGGGAAGUACGGAAUAUUUCCGAAGAAGACGAUGCCAAAGAAUUUGGGAAGUACCUAGUAAGAAUGAAAGAGAAGAACCAAAAUUUCUUCUUUGAGCUCAACCUUGAAGGCGAUCAUUGUAUUAAACAUGCAUUCUGGGCCGAUGCAAGAAGCAGGGCUGCAUUUGAAUAUUUCGGAGACGUGGUUUCAUUUGACACCACGUAUAACACAAACAGCUCCUUGAGACACUUCGUGAAGCAAUAUGACAAUUGCCUAGCAAGCAGAGAGCAAACAGAGAGAGAAUUCGAUGCUGCAGAUUUUUACACCGUGAUACUGUGUGCAACAAAAUCAGCAAUAGAGGCACAGUUUCAGCAUGUUUCCAACUCCACAUUCAACAAGUUUGUCGUCACCUACGACGCAGUAUCACGAGAUGUAAAGUGCCAUUGCUUGCUGUUUGAGUCUAUGGGCAUAUUGUGCCGCCAUUCCCUAGGUGUCCUAAGCUUUGAGCGAGUGGAUAACGUGGCACCGAAAUACAUAUUGAAACACUGGAGAAAGAACAUAAAGAGGAGGCAUACACACAUCAAGAGCAGCCAAGAUGAACCUCUACUGGAGCCGAGAAGUAAGAGAUUUGACGAAUUGGUGUUUCGGUCACACAAUAUAUGUGAAUUUGCAUCCGAGUCUGAAGAGUUGACCGGAAUUCUGCACCGAACAUUUGACAAGGUCAUGGCGGAUAUGGAAGAAUAUUAA